GCCAACGCUCCACAGUCUCACAUGCUCAUUUCAAACCGGUGCUCACAAACUGCAAUUCGCAAAAAAAGCUCGGCUGCGACUGGCUAAGCGGAGCCAACAAAAAAACAAAAAAAAACUCCCACUUGAAGUGCAGCUUGUAGAAGGAAUUUCAAGCCCUAUUGUUUCGAAAACAUAGUGCCAGUGCUAACCAAAAAAAAACAAUUAAAUGUCAGGGAAUUAAAGCUCGCUCAGAGUGCAUCGUUAGUGUAAAUUAUUAAUUUGUUUGCAACACCAUGGAGACAACUGGCGAAUCCAAGAAACCAUUUAAAGUCAAGGACGUCACACGCAACAUUAAGAAGGCUGUCUGCGCCUCCAGUCUGGAGGAGAUUCGCAACAAGGUGGCGGAGAAGUUUGAGAAGUGCGACCACCUGCCCACCAUCCACCUGGACUCCGAUGGCACGGAGAUCGACGAUGAGGAGUACUUCCGCACCCUCGACGAGAACACGGAGCUGGUGGCCGUAUUUCCCGGGGAGCACUGGAUCGAUCCAACACAUUACGUGACCAUAACCACUCCACACGGCACCGACGGCCCGACCGGAAACGGAGACUCCUCCGGCGGCGGUGGCGGAGGGGGUGCUGGCGACACUACGGAUGCCAGCAACUCGGAGACGGCUCGCAUCCGCCAGCUGGUGGGGCAGUUGCAACACAACCUGUGCAACGUUUCCGUCAUGAAUGAUGCGGACUUGGACUCGCUGUCCAACAUGGAUCCCAAUUCCCUGGUGGACAUAACCGGAAAGGAGUUCAUGGAGCAGUUGAAGGAUGCGGGAAGACCCCUUUGUGCUAAAAGAAAUGCUGAAGAUCGCUUGAAUCUCCUGAAACUUCUGAAGGCUGGAGCCAUUUUCUGCUCGGAACGAUAUCCGGAGGACGCGGAGGCCAUCGAUAGGGAGAUCGGGCGGCAGCUGAACGAGGCGGAGAACGGACAGAUGAGCAGCAUUACCACCAGCAACACCCGCACCAUCGAGGUGGUGCAGUGCGACAAUCAGAACACGACGAUAACCAUCACGGUGGGCGAGGCCACCAGCACCUGCGCCACCACCAAUGGCACCACCACGGUGGUGACCAGCGCUGCCGAGGUGGCCGCCAACGAGGCCAACGCCAAUCCGAGCGGCAAUGGCAACGCCAACGGCGACAUCUGACUGCCCAUACUGGGCAGCCUGAGGUGAAGUCUGCCAGCCAGGGAUUAGGAGGUUAUGAUACGAAGGAAGAGAUCAGUCCUGCAACAUUGGGUUAACAUACAACGUAUUUGUAGCAUGUAAUUAGGCACUGUGCGAAUCUAAAAACGAAACGAAGACAAAAUCAACCGAUUAAAUGCUUGUUAGUAUCUAAGAGCAAAUGAAAGUUAACGAAAAUUACACGUACUAGUAUUAAAAAUAUAAAAAAGAAAGAAAAAUCUCACACAUUAGCCGGUUGAAGAGUGUUUUAGCAAUCACAGGAUGAAUCAUAUUACAGAAUAUAUACACAGGAAGCAAAACGAAAUCGUUAUUAAACCAGAUAGAUGAUUAAUAAUCAAAGUUUAGAGUUAUAAGUAUUAUAUCGAAGAUUUAGGCAACAACCACCAAUGUGAGUGUGACCCCGAGUUGAACCCAAAAACCCAAAGGAUCUAUGGAUCUGUGGAUCUGUGUAUCUGUAUCUGUGCUGGAUAUACACAUAGUUGAGUUGCUUAUCCGAGUGGACUAUGUUUAGUAGGUAAUUCAAUGGAGACGCACAUCAAAAAUUUUUUUUAGACCAAUGCCAUUGUGAAUGUCAUUUGUUAAAAGGCCAAUUGAGACUGACUGUAUUUAUGUAUGUGUAAUAGGUUUUUUUGUGUGUGUGUGCGGCAUGAGCGGCAUGAGAGAUGGAGCGGCAUCCCUUUGUCCCUUUGUCCUCGGCCCGCCCACCCCCGUGCCAAAUCCCUGACUCGAAAUAGCUAAAUGAAUUUAAGCAAACAGCGAACAUUGUUAGCGAAUUAAACAAUAAAUGAAUAAUACGGCAGAUAAUAUAUAAAAAUUUCAAGAAAAUGUAAACACUGAAAUUGCAAUUGCAAACCGAUUAAAAAUCCAAUUAAAGCUGGUAACUGUCUACAA